UUAUUUUCCAGAAGCCAAGCAAAGUAGAAAAAUGUUGAAAAACCCUAAACCCCGGCGGAGGUAACAGAAGCAGAAGCAGAAGCAGAAGAGCAAUGGGGAAGAUCCCUCCUUCAUUCCGCUCGGCAAUUGCGAACCCCAACCUCCGAAAUUCAUCUUCUCUCUUCCGCCCCCAAACCCCUUCUCCCUCCAAACACCCCCACUCCCCAAACAAACACCGUCCCCAGAAACCCCCCAAACAAAACCAACCCCCUCCCCCUCUAUUCAAAUCCCCAAACCUCCAAGACGCCAAAGCCCUCUUCGAUUCCAUCGCCAACUCCUCCUCCGACCCCCGCUUCCCCAACUCCCUCCUCCACUCCUACGCCGCCGUCGCCGCCUCCCCCUCCGACUCCCUCGCCUUCCUCCGCCACAUCACCCAAACCCUCCCCUCCUUCUCCCCCGACCGCUCCACCUUCCACAUCCUCCUCUCCCACCAAUCCCACUCCCAAUCCCUCUCCCCAAUCCACCAAACCCUAAACCUCAUGCUCUCCUCCGGCCUCGCCCCCGACGCCGCCACCGCCGACAUCGCCGUCCGCGCCCUCUGCUCCGCCUCCCGCCUCGACCACGCCGUCCAAUUGCUCAAGGAAUUCGCCUCCAAGCACUGCCGCCCUGACACCUUCACCUUCAACCACCUCCUCAAGCACCUCUGCAAGUCCCGCCCCCUCUCCUCCGUCUACGCCUUCAUCGACGAGAUGCGCCGCGACUUCACCCUCAAGCCCGACCUCGUCACCUACACCAUCCUCAUCGACAACGUCUGCAACUCCAAGAACCUCCGAGAGGCCACGCGCCUCGUCGCCGUCCUCCACCGCGAGGGCUUCAAGCCCGAUUGCUUCCUCUACAACACCAUCAUGAAAGGCUACUGCGCCCUCAGCAGGGGGAGCGAGGCCAUCGAGGUCUACAACAAGAUGAAGGAGCAAGGCGUGGAACCCGACCUCGUCACCUACAACACCUUGAUCUUCGGCCUGUCCAAGUCCGGCAGGGUUUCCGAGGCCAAGAAGCUUCUGCGCGUCAUGGCGGAGAAGGGCUUCUUCCCCGAUGAGGUCACCUACACUUCGCUCAUGAAUGGCAUGUGCAGGAAGGGCGAUGCGGCGGCGGCGCUCGCGCUGCUGGCGGAGAUGGAGGCGAAGGGGUGUAGUCCCAAUGCGUGCACUUACAACACGCUGCUGCACGGCUUGUGCAAGGCGAGGCUGUUGGAGAAGGCCGUGGAGUUCUAUGGGGUCAUCAAGGAGGGUGGGUUGAAGCUCGACACGGCUGCGUAUGCCACGUUUGUUAGGGCGCUCUGUAGGGAUGGGAGAGUUGCUGAGGCCUAUGAGGUGUUCGAUUAUGCGGUUGAGAGCAAGAGCUUGACGGAUGUGGCUGCUUACUCGACGUUGGAGAGCACGCUUAAGUGGCUCAGGAAAGCCAAAGAACAAGGCCUUGCUGUUUGAUUGGUGCUUUCUGUUACUGCAGUCAAGGAUGUAAGAGUUAGUUGCAAAGGUUAGGGCCUAAUUCCAUAAGUGCAUACCAGAGCUGCUAGUACAAUUUCUCUCGGUAUUUGGUUGGUAGUAUAUCUUUGCUGACAGAUGGACACAACCUGGAGCUGGAACCAGCCUGCAAGCCAAAAUUAGGUAAAAUUUUGGUUACAAAUAUUCAAUGGUUGUCAGUAGCUGCUUGGUUACAAAUAUUCAAGAGGUUCCUCUGCAGCUGCUUGAUCAGUCUUACUGACAUUAUUUGUCAGCGGCAUCUAUAACGAUUAUUUGAUGUUCCUUUCUGGCUGUGCUUGAAUGCAUUGAUUCGAGAGUGUCCUGAUUACCUGGGAGGAAAACGAGUACUUUUUAUUGAAAGUAUUGUUCAUUAUUUUGAAUCUUAUGAUUUUCUAUAGAUAUGGAUAACUAACUUUGAAUAAACCAUAAAGGUGCAUUUGAUUGUUUUCACUGAUCAAAGAGCUCGGAGAGGUGCCAUUCAUUGUAUUUGGAUCAAGAUAGUUGCUGGUUGCAUAAUGUACCAUAUCUUCUUAUAUGAGGUUUUGUGGAAUUUCCAUGGUUCAUCUAUUUUCUUCCAAAUUUCUAAUCCGACAAUGAUAUGCUUGGAAAAGAAAUAGAUAAAUGUAUUCGUUACUACUACUUGUAAUAAUGAAUGUCAACAUUUAGUUCA